UAAAAGCAUGGUACUUAAACAUUCAAUUUGAGUUGCAAAGCCUUGACAUGGUCUUUGUUAUAUAAUCUUCAGGGCACUCAGCAAAGUAUGGGAGCUACACACUCAUGCACCUAGACAGUAACCGCAUUACUGACCUUCAGCUUGUUCAGAGCAAUGAAGUAGGUGGUAGUUACCACAUGGAGAAGGAGGGCCUUAAACGCUGCCUGGAUCUACUGGAUUCAAACGGUUUGGUGGUGGACUACAUUGUCACCGACCGUCAUCCACAGAUCCAGAAGUAUCUGAGGGAGCGCAGCAUCACCCACUUCUAUGAUGUGUGGCACUUUGAGAAAGGUUUGUCAAAGAAACUUGACAAAGUAGCGCAAAACAAGGACUGCGGGGUGUUGAAGAAGUGGCUGCGUAGCAUCAAAAGCCAUGUCUACUGGAGUGCAACAUCGUCAACAUCAGGGCCAGAGAAGGUAGCCAAGUGGAUGUCGAUUGUCAACCACAUCCAGAACGUGCACUUGCAUGAAAACCCUCUUUUCCCUAAGUGCCAACAUCCAGAUCGAGUGUCAAGGGAUCCAAGUAAAUGGUUUCAACCAGGGUCAAUGGCGCUCUACAAAGUGGAAAAAAUCCUGCUCAAUAAGAGAGUUGUCAAAGAUGUGGAGAAGUUGAGCCACCACUACCAAACAUCAUCCCUGGAGGCUUUCCACAGUUUGAUCCUUCGCUUCACACCCAAGAAUGUGGUUUUCCCUUUCAUGGGCAUGCUUUGCAGGUUGUACUUUGCAGCCAUGCACUACAAUAAAAAUGCAGACCGCGAGCAAGCCACAACAUCUGCAGGACAACCAGUAUUCAAGGUUGUGUUUCCCAAGUCCAGGAAGGGGGAGGUGACUGCGAGGCCAGUAAAAACAGACCCCUACAUACAAAUAUGUGGAAGAACUUAUGAGGCUGGUUUUUGAGGAGGUGUUUGACGACCCAACGCCAUUUGUUGAGGUGCUAAAACUGAUCCCCAUCCCCAAGGACCUGGCAUCGGAACAUGAGAGACCCUCAAAGGAGGAAGUGGUUGCCCGCCAUCUGUCCCGCUUUGUUCAAGGGACAGUCGGAACCGCACAUACUAUACACCCGGAUCAAGAAACUGCAGGCGUAUCCGGCGUACAAUGCAUGACGGGAUUACCACCCUAACAGUCCUUCCCAAGUAGCCCCAGCACCAGUUGACAAAGCCAAGAUAGGCAAGGUGCCUGUAGCGCCUGUAUAGACAGGAUUGGACAAUAGUGAACAUCACUCUUAUUUAUAGUGUAUAUUUGUAUUUUUUUCCUAUUAUGUAUAUUAAGAUUGUUCUAUUUAUAUAAGCGUUUCAACAUUUGAUAAAAAUAAAGACAUUGUAAUUGUGA